UGGAGCUGGACCCCGAGCAUGCCCAGAGGCUUCCGGGGGCGGAGUCUGGGCAGGCCCCGCCCGCCCAGGUGAAGCUGAAGGAGAGACAGAAGUUCUUUGAGGAGGCGUUCCAGCAGGACAUGGAGCAGUACCUGUCUACCGGCUACCUGCAGAUAGCUGAGAGGAGAGGCAGCAUGUCUUCCAUGGAGGUGAACGUGGACAUGCUCGAGCAGAUGGACCUGAUGGACAUGUCAGACCAUGAAGCUCUGGACGUCUUCCUGCACUCUGGGGGAGAGGACAACAGCGCAGCCUCACCCGGGCUGGGUCCGGACGUGGAGUCGUUCACCUCCGAGAUCAGCCUGAAGGUCCCCACCCAGGCAGACCUGAGGCACAAGCUCUCCUCUCUCUCCUCCACCUGCACCGACUCGGCCAGCCAGGACACCGAGGCUGGCGAAGACGACGAGGAAGAGGAGAACGGAGAGGCCGGCCGCUGCACGGUGGUGGUGACGCUGGACGAGGAAGAAGUUCACCUCGAUACGGCGUUGGCCGAAGCGGCGCACUCGCCGACGGUGCCGCAGGGAAAUGAAACGAGGAAAGACCGCGGGGGCAGUAGCUUGUAAGAUGGAUGGAUAUGAUUUCACUCAAACUCACAGAUUCCACUCAUAUUCAAAGGACCAAACAACGUGUUUUUUUGCACAUAAGCGAAGUAAUGACGGAAAGCAAAGGAGAAUGGUCAGAAAGAGAAAACAGUGUUUGAACCCAAAUGUUUAUACAGUAUCCUAAAGUACGCGUGCGUGUGUAUUUAACUCUGCCUUUAACUAAAGACCCCUUUUCCCUCGUGUUUUAAAUUACAUUCAGCACUCGUGUCAAUGUCUCUAUCUAACAGACAGGUAUAUGACAAUAACAGCCAAAGUUGGUUUAAGCUGAUCUGGGACCAACGCAUUCCCACAAACUGCAGAGGAACCUAGUGCAGAAGCACCAAGGUUGUCUGGAGGUCAGUUUCUUAUCUGAUCUUUAAAGAAAGCCAUAAGGAGCCUGGACCUUUCCUUCUGAGGCGUUUUGAGAGGGAGGACCAAAGCUCCACGAGGACCAAGUGUUUCGCACAGGAGGACGUGUGAGGGGAGCUACAUCGUACAUGUGUUUACCGUGGUUCAACCCUCUUGUAAAGAAAUCGCUAAUGUUGAAAUGAUUGUGUGUUAAAAAUGCCAUCCCCUCCCUGCGACUAGAGCCUAAAAUGUCUUGACUUGUUGGUAAUAAAUGUGUCUCCCCCCA